CCCAACCAAAAUCUCAAGUUCUCUGCGGAUGACGAACCAUCUCAAUAUCUUUCAAGCUUUUCUCAUUUUUUUUUAAUAUCAUCAACACCGUUACAUAAAAUUCAUGAUCCAUGAAGUUAUCUUUCUUGUCUUUUUAUUUCAUCACCCAUUUAAAAAAAAAAAAAAAAAAAAAAAAGUCUACAUCUUUGCUUCUUCAACUCUCCACCACCACCACCAUUGUCACCACCACAUUUUAACACACACUUUCAUUUUUAGUGGAUUCUAAAGUGCGUUUUUAUUCAUUUGUUUCACUGUUUUUGAUAACCUCAAAUUCCCUAAAAUUUUAUUCUCUAUAAAUCAUUAUAUUACUUACUUACAUUCCCAAAGUUUUCAACUUUCUCUUCUGAGGUUCAAAAAGUUGAAAUGGCUUCAUCUGCAUUUGCUUUUCCUUCUUACAUAAUAACCAAAGGAGGAGUUUCAACAGAUUCUUGUAAAUCAACUUCUUUGUCUUCUUCUCGAUCUUUGGUUACAGAUCUUUCAUCUCCAUGUCUCAGACCCAACAACAAUUCCCAUACAAACAGAAGAGCAAAAGUGAAUGCUUCACUUGCAGAGAAGGGUGAAUAUUAUGCAAACAGACCACCAACUCCAUUACUUGACACUAUUAACUACCCAAUUCACAUGAAAAAUCUUUCUGUCAAGGAGCUGAAACAACUUUCUGAUGAGCUGAGAUCAGAUGUGAUCUUUAAUGUGUCGAAAACCGGUGGACAUUUGGGGUCUAGUCUUGGUGUUGUGGAGCUUACUGUGGCUUUGCAUUACAUAUUCAAUACUCCACAGGAUAAGAUUCUUUGGGAUGUUGGUCAUCAGUCUUAUCCUCACAAGAUUCUUACUGGGAGAAGAGGAAAGAUGCCUACAAUGAGGCAAACCAAUGGUCUAUCCGGUUUCACGAAGCGAGGAGAGAGUGAACAUGAUUGCUUUGGUACAGGACACAGUUCAACCACAAUAUCUGCUGGUUUAGGAAUGGCGGUGGGACGGGAUUUGAAGGGGAAGAACAACAAUGUGGUUGCUGUGAUUGGUGAUGGUGCGAUGACGGCAGGGCAGGCUUAUGAAGCCAUGAACAACGCAGGCUAUCUUGACUCUGAUAUGAUUGUGAUUCUUAAUGACAACAAGCAAGUCUCAUUACCUACUGCUACUUUGGAUGGACCAAGUCCACCUGUUGGAGCAUUGAGCAGUGCUCUUAGUCGGUUACAGUCUAACCCGGCUCUCAGAGAGUUGAGAGAAGUCGCAAAGGGUAUGACAAAGCAAAUAGGCGGGCCAAUGCACCAAUUGGCUGCUAAGGUAGAUGAGUAUGCCCGAGGAAUGAUAAGCGGGACUGGAUCGUCGCUGUUUGAAGAACUUGGUCUUUACUAUAUUGGUCCAGUUGAUGGGCACAACAUAGAUGAUUUGGUAGCCAUUCUUAAAGAAGUUAAGAGUACUAGAACCACAGGCCCGGUACUUAUUCAUGUGGUGACGGAGAAAGGUCGCGGUUAUCCUUACGCUGAGAGAGCUGAUGACAAAUACCAUGGUGUUGUGAAAUUCGAUCCAGCGACGGGUAAACAGUUCAAAAGUACUAAUAAGACUCAAUCUUACACAACUUACUUUGCGGAGGCAUUAGUGGCAGAAGCAGAGGUAGACAAAGAUGUGGUUGCGAUUCAUGCAGCCAUGGGAGGUGGGACCGGGUUAAAUCUAUUUCAACGUCGCUUCCCAACAAGAUGUUUCGAUGUCGGGAUAGCGGAACAACACGCAGUUACUUUUGCUGCGGGUUUAGCCUGUGAAGGCCUUAAGCCCUUCUGUGCAAUCUAUUCGUCCUUCAUGCAGCGUGCUUAUGACCAGGUUGUACAUGAUGUUGAUUUGCAAAAAUUACCGGUGAGAUUUGCGAUGGAUAGAGCAGGACUUGUUGGAGCUGAUGGUCCGACACAUUGUGGAGCUUUUGAUGUGACAUUUAUGGCUUGUCUUCCUAACAUGAUUGUGAUGGCUCCAUCAGAUGAAGCAGAUCUCUUUAACAUGGUUGCAACUGCUGCUGCGAUUGAUGAUCGUCCUUCUUGUUUCCGUUACCCUAGAGGUAAUGGUAUUGGAGUUGCAUUACCUCCCGGAAACAAAGGUGUUCCAGUUGAGAUUGGGAAAGGUAGGAUUUUAAAGGAAGGAGAGAGGGUUGCGCUGUUGGGUUAUGGCUCAGCAGUUCAGAGCUGUUUAGGAGCGGCUGUAAUGCUCGAAGAACGCGGAUUAAACGUAACUGUAGCAGAUGCACGAUUUUGCAAGCCAUUGGACCGUGCUCUCAUUCGCAGCUUAGCUAAGUCGCAUGAGGUUCUGAUCACGGUUGAAGAAGGUUCGAUUGGAGGGUUUGGAUCGCAUGUUGUUCAGUUUCUUGCUCUCGAUGGUCUUCUCGAUGGCAAACUCAAGUGGAGACCAAUGGUACUGCCUGAUCGGUACAUUGAUCACGGUGCACCAGCUGAUCAACUAGCUGAAGCUGGACUCAUGCCAUCUCACAUCGCAGCAACCGCACUUAACUUAAUCGGUGCACCAAGGGAAGCUCUGUUUUGAGAGCAAGAAUCGGUUGGCUAAAACAUAUAUAUACAAACACUCUAAAUGCAACACAAGGUUUCUUCUAAGUACUUGAUGAAAAUUCCCACCGAAAAGUCCGUUGGCAACAGCUAUAUAUUUACUAAGAUGGUGAAGAGAAAGGCAAAGGCAAAGGUUGUGCAAAGAUUAGUAUUAUGAUAAAACUGGUAUUUGUUUUGUAAUUUUUGGUUAGGGGUCUGAUGGAGAUCGAGUUGUACAAUAAUCAUCUAACAUCUUGUAAAAAUAAAUUACAUUUCUUUGUGUAUCUUUCAUACCAUUGUGUGA